UCCCCACCAGAUGGCGACAGCAGUUCGGGUGUGGUGAAUGUCGACAGUCACAGUAGCGUGCAGUGUGAUUCACGGGUGAACACGUACCACGAUUUUUCCAGUUUUUUCGUCAGUUUUAAAGUUCUUUAUCAGACUUACAAGAUGUCCUCCCGCAAAACAGCUGGUCGCCGUGCCACCUCUAAGAAGCGUGCACAACGCGCGACUUCUAAUGUUUUUGCCAUGUUCGAUCAGGCCCAGAUAGCCGAAUUCAAGGAGGCCUUUAACAUGAUCGACCAGAACCAUGACGGAUUCAUCGACAAGGAAGAUCUUCACGAUAUGCUUGCUUCGCUAGGUAAAAAUCCAACUGAUGACUACCUGGAAGGCAUGAUGAACGAAGCACCGGGUCCCAUCAAUUUUACCAUGUUCUUGACCCUGUUCGGCGAGAGGCUCCAGGGCACGGACCCUGAAGACGUUAUCAAGAACGCCUUUGGCUGUUUCGAUGAAGAAAACAAUGGACAUAUCAACGAAGAACGUCUUCGCGAGCUUCUCACCACGAUGGGCGAUCGGUUCACAGACGAUGACGUCGAUGAGAUGUACCGGGAGGCGCCGAUCAAGGGAUCCAUGUUCGAUUACCUGGAGUUCACUCGAAUUCUGAAACACGGCGCCAAGGAUAAGGAUGAGCAGUGAGAGCUCCCAUAAGGAUUUCCCGACGACCUCACAUAUAUUCAUUCUGUAGUACAGGCAGUACAUGCUUCCAAUAACUGUGCGGUAUCCGUGUGGUACCGUCUUCAGAAUUGUCGCAAGAAAUCAUGUCCCAUCCUUGUCACCACUAAAUUUCGAAUUCGAUUGGGAUUUCGCGCGAGCAUUUGUUAAAUUAUUCCAAAAGCAUGCGCACCGAUGCGCUCUUGCUCUUCCGAGAUGCAUUUUCAAGAUACCCGCCUUUGCAUACUGAUAACACGUCACUGUAUACGUGAUAUCACUGUACAAGGCAAUCCAUCCUGAAACUUCAUUUUGAUAUAUUUAAAGUGCAGUUAACGAAAAGGAAAAGGUACCUAUGUAAGAUAUAUCUAUCUACCGUAGUAUCGGCAUUUGUAUUUUAAUAUAACGAUCUAAUAGAUAUGAAAAUUUUCAAAAAUCUUCUCUAUUUAUUCUGUACAAGAAUAAAGCCUAGUUUACAAGAA